AUGGAUGCAUCAAAGGUUCCCGUCAAGCUCGUUAAGGUCACCCGUGUUUUGGGUAGAACCGGUUCCCGUGGAGGUGUUACUCAAGUCAGAGUUGAGUUCAUGGACGAUACCACCCGUUCCAUCAUCCGUAACGUCAAGGGCCCAGUCCGCGAAGACGACAUUCUUUGCCUACUCGAAUCCGAGCGUGAGGCUAGAAGAUUGAGAUAA